CUUUUUUCUUAAAGUUGAAUUCAAACACUACGGAAAGAACCUCUUAUUCUCAGUUUUACAACGCAUCAAGCUAUACGACACUUGCUUGAUAAUCAACCACUCUUAUUAUCUCGCAUUUUUUUGCGACUUGUAAUCAACCACUGUAUCAAAUAGAAAAAAACCAUGGCACUACAAUUAGCAACAUAUCAUACUUCUUCAUUCAUCAAUUCGCCAACACUCCUCCCAGAGAACGUCGCAAGUCUCAUCACAGCCGUCUCCAUCGCAGCUCGCCUUUCGCUCAGAUGUUCGUCGUUGUUUAUCGAGGCACUACUAGAAUCAGCUAGAUACAGCACAGCCUUCUCGUUGGGCAUGUCUAGACAAACUCUGAUUGCAGCCCUCAGUACAGCAAAACGUUUGCAUAUGAUUCGGUUUUCAACACAUCCUGAGGAAGAGAUCAAAGAAGCAAGGGGUGGCUUUCUGCAGGUGUUAGACAAAUACACUAACCUUGGCGUUUAUAUUGUCCAUCAUUCCUUCACGCUUGCCGAGCUUUUUGCCAUGACAGGAUUUCACUUGACCACACAAACCAUCAAAACAGGCUUUCGUACUGCGGAAGAAUCAGUACGCAUAUUAGACGGCAUUUUCGGAAGUAACGAGACGUCUCGCGCCAUAGCAUCCCUCGUAUCGCUAGUACAUCGAGAACUACUGCAAGAUCCUGACUUUACUUUGUCUAAAAAUGGCAAGAUUGCCAUCUUAGCGGGCUUAACACGGGCGCUGACUUCGUUCGCAAUUCUUCAAAACGUCACACAUCAAAGAAUGAUGGCUGUUAUGCCAAUGACAGUUGUUUGGGAAGGACUCGUUAUCGAAGAAGAAGAAGAUGAGUCCACAUCGGUUCAGGUGGCUGACAGCAAUCGUUCGUUGGGAUCCGCCAACUCCGAAAAUGAUGAUAAUCCUAUGGUGCAGCAUCCAGAUAUCAUACAUGAACUAGAAGGCAUCCUGGCCCACGACGAAUCUUCUGCUGAGCUAAAGGUGACACCACCAGCAGGUACUAAAGACAAGGUUGUUGAUUCUGCCUACUCAAGUCCGUCCACUUCAUCAACAUAUGACGCAGAUGUUUAUGAGAUUACGACCACCACUAAGACUUUUACGACGAAAACCACCUCAUUUCGACCCUUAAAUCCAUAUCGGCAGGGCCAAGAGGAUAAUAGUGAGCCUGCUCCAGCAAAAUAUGUCAUUGUGAAGUCAGAAGAUGAAUCGCAGGAAUCGUUUGUUGCUAUAGUGGAUCGCCAGAAUUCCGAGGACGCUUCGGAUAGAAUCGACGCCGCAAAAUCAUCAAAGCUCAUCACCAGCGCAGACCCUGGAUCUACUACAUCAGAACUGCAAACUUCACGAGGCUUUCGUGUUAUGCUUUCUGCCAUGUCCAAAAAGUUCAACAAAAAGAAAAUCGAGCGUCAGGAGCGUUAUGCUGCAGCCAGUCUUCACAAACAAAUUGCUGACGAGUCUUCGUUCAACGGUAAGCCUUUCGACGGCUCUUCACCUUCCAGUCAGAGAGUUGGUCCAACAACCACCAUGACAAGCACAUCGACGACAACUAGAUCAACGUCUGCUCAAUAUCACGAACGUCCUCACAAAGCACCGACUGUUCCACCAAAAGGUCAUCAGGAUUCUUCGGAUGAUGAGUUGUACGAUGAUGAUCGAAAGAAGGAAAAGAAGAACUGGAGUCGAUUCAAACUCAAAGGUGUCGCCAAGAACAAAUCCAUGACCAACAUCUUCCAACAAAAACCAAACGGUGGUCAUGGAUCGGGUGAUCUGGUCCCCAGCAGUAAAAAAGCUCGAUCUCGUUCAACAACUCCUCCUCCUCCAGUUCCUGCAAAACAAACCAAGACACCAGUAUCUGGUGGUGGCCAUAAGCGCAUCUCCUCUGCUCAUAGUAUUACGCCCAUUCCUACUUUAUCCACAUCAUCACGAAGGCGACCACGUUCAAAUUCAAUCACCUCCAUGACAUCCAUCCAAUCCGUUGCAAGAACCACAACGACCACCACCUUCACAACUUCCCCAGGACCCUCUUCUCCACCUUCUCCUAUGUUGAAACGAAUGCCAUCUGCUCCUGUUCAGGGUCAGUUAAGCAAACGUCGACAAAACAGUCAACCAUUGUCAGAUGUCAGUAUACGCCAUAACUUCCCACGAGCGCAUCUGGUCACCAACAUUGCCAGAUUUAUGCGUUAUGCCUCGGCAGCCUAUGGAGAGUCAUUCAUGCGCAUUCUUGGCAUUGGUGACAUGCCUCAUAUUUUACCAGCAUCGCACCAUCAUCAUCCGAACCAUCAUGCUUUCUCUUACCAUACCACAGUACCCGUCGAAGACAUUUUACUCUCAUCGUAUACCGAUAGUUCACUACUAUCCAUUCAAAAUCCUCAAAUCAACGCCCUUGUUCACUAUGUCACGGUUGACCAUGCCGCUGAAGCAGUUGUUCUCACAUGUAGAGGAACACUUGGACUAAGCGAUAUUCUGACGGACUUGACUUGCGAAUAUUCAGAAUUCACUCUUCCACAAACUGGUCCAGAUGGAAAGGAAAGUCGGUUCACGGCUCAUGGAGGAAUGCUUGGCGCUGCUCAACUCCUAGCAAAACAGAAAGGCAAAGUUUACCGUGUGAUCUGCGAUGCUCUAGACCAAUGGCCAACCUACGGUUUGAUCCUAUGUGGUCAUUCUUUAGGUGCUGGAGUAGCCUCCCUUUUAAGUGUACUUUGGAGCCAAGAGACAGAUGAUUUCGCCAAGAUGGAAGGCGAACUGUAUUGUCGCGCACUUUCAGGCUUUCCCGCAAAGGAUACAAUCCCAUUCGUUACCAAUCUGGAGUCAGGGUUACCUCCCGGACGACCCAUUCAUUGUUAUACAUUCGGACCACCUUGCGUAAUGUCCAUCGAACUGAGCGAAUACUGUGGUCGUGGUCUGGUCACCAGCGUUAUCCACUCGUAUGAUAUUGUAUCCAGUCUCAGUCUGGGAUUACUCAAGGAUUUCAAGAACGUUGCUAUCAGUCUUUAUGAUGAAAGUCAUGUCACAGACGAAAUUAUCAGUCGAAUCAUCGGACGGUACCAGAAGAAUGGAACUGAAGGAUCCACUGCAGACGGACCAGAAUCAGCCGCCAAGCAACCCGAAGAAACGCACCAACCCGAUGACGACGAACAAUGGUUUUGGGCUCUUAUCAAAACAAUGAGAGCCGAUAUGAAUUCGGAAAAGCUUUACCCUCCCUCAACUAUAUACCACAUUGAAUCGAUACCCCAACUUGUACAGCACACUGACGGACGAUCGGAAACGUUGUAUACCAAAAAGCGAACCGCUCAAUCCAAACGCGCCCAUACCGUUGUACUUCGUAAAUGCGAAAAUGUUCAAAAGCGGUUUUCUGAAAUAAUCUUUUCUAGAAGUAUGUUCCUAGAUCACUCACCCAAUAAUUAUGAAAAGUCCAUAAGACAGCUCUGUCGCGGUUACUUUGGCGAAUUUGAAGCUUACGAGAACGUUUAGAUGAAAAAAUGAAACGUUUGAAAUAAUAAUAAAAAAAAAAAAUAUGAACAUUUCUCAUAG